AUGAUCGAGUAUGUCGGCGUCCCCAAGAACGAAGUCGCCAAAUGGGUCGGCAUCACCUCCGCCGUCACAGCCACCUGUCAAGCGGCCAUGGCAGUAUCCUGGGGUACUGCGUCAGAUUACGCCGGUCGCAAGCCCAUCAUCCUGUUGGGACUAACCUGUACCAUGUUUUUCUCGUUGAUGUUUGGUCUAUCCCAGACCCUGGCGAUGCUGGUGGUCUCACGUGCCUUUCUGGGUUUCAUGAAUGGGAACGUUGGUAUCAUCCGCACCAUGGUGGCCGAGAUGGUACCGGAGAAAGAGCUCCAGCCCCGAGCCUUCAGUAUCAUGCCUCUAGUGUGGACGAUUGGUAGUAUCUUCGGCCCUGCGUUUGGAGGCGCCCUGGCCCGUCCGGUGGAGAAACACCCGGAGAUCUUCGGUGGAUCCAAGUUCUUGAAAACGUACCCUUUUGUGUUGCCCAAUUUGGCGUCGGCGGGCCUUUUCAUCAUCGGCAUUACCACGGGGUUUUUGUUUCUACAUGAAACAUUGGCUUCCAAGAAAGAUAAUCGCGAUUACGGUCUAAUAUUGGGACGGCUGCUGAUACGUCCCUGCACCUCACGGCCAGAGAAACGUCGAUACCGAGUCGAAGAUGACGAGACGACUUCAUUACUUCACGACAGACAGCCACAGCAGUCUGGGAAGAAAGACUCCGGCAAGCGACCCAGCUGGAAGGAGGUCUUCUCGCCGCAAUCCAAACUGGUCUUACUGGCCUAUGCCUUGAUGUCCAUGCACACCAUGGCGUUCGACUCUGUCCUCCCCGUCUUUCUACACAGUCCCGUCCAACGUCUCCAUGACAACCCGGAGGUACGUCUACCGUUCAAAUUCGUAGGCGGUUUCGGAGUGGAUUCCCAAACCAUCGGGAUUUACUACACGUUGAUCGGAAUCAUCGGCAUGCUAGUCCAGUUCAUCAUCUUUCCCACGGCCGCCAAACGAUUCGGCGUUCUCAACUGCCUAAAAGCCGUGGCCCUUAUAUUCCCCGUCUUAUACUUCUUAACUCCAUUCACAGCUCUCGUCCCGCCGGCCCUGCGCCACGUUAUCAUCUUCCUACUCAUGCUGUCCAAACUAUCGGCGUCUGUCUUCGCCUUUCCCUGCACCACGAUCCUGCUCACCAACUCCGCCGCCAGUCUCAACGUCCUGGGCACGCUGAACGGAGUCGGCACGAGCGUCAGUGCCAUCGGCCGCGCUGUUGGACCCGCCCUCACCGGCGCGGCGUUCUCCUUCGGCGUGAAAAGAGGAUUCAUCAUCAUCCCGUGGUGGCUCCUCUGUUUCUUUGGGACUCUCAGCGCUAUCCCGGUCUUUUGGGUCAUGGAGUCCGAUGGAUUCCAAGGCUCUUCUCCCUCUGAAGCUGAAGAUGAAUCGGAUGGGUCGGAUACGACCAUUGGUACUGGUACUGGUACUGGUUAUGGAGCCACGAACACUGAUCGUCGAGAUGGUACCUCUACUUCCCGGAGUCACUAG